AUGGAGCUGGCGGGCUAUGGUGAGGUCAUCGGUUCGGAAAGUGUGGCGACCCGCGAGCGGUUCGGUGUGGCGCGUGACCAUUCCGAAGACGACGAGACAGGGGCUGGGAUGACGCAGGUCGAUCUAGGCGAGCCCACACAAUCCGUGAAGACGCCAACAGGCGGUAUGGCUUUCAUUUUCGACUUCAACUUGAAUUCUUACUUUGACCGGCUUCUCUGGAUGCCACAUCAGCGUACUCUACGCGCCGCGUCGACUAGCCUUGGUCUCGUGUUCUCCCCUCUAGUGCUUCAGAGGGAACGCGACCUGUGA